CCUGCGGGCGGACCGGAUUCACCACUCGUAAGCCCACACUCACGCCUCAUUCAGCCUCGCCUGACUCCUGCGAAGGAUGUGGUCUCGUGUCUAGGAGAGGAACGAUUUCUGAGGAACACGGCAGAGAAGAUCGUUCGUUGUACUUCGCUUCCAAAACUAAAAAAGAAAAGAAAAAGGUGUAGAAGAUCCUAUGAACGUUGUCGGGCACUCGAGGAAACGUUGAACUGAUUAUUUUUAUGGAAACGUUCGCGUGAGACAAGUGUUGCCUGAAAGUCUCGACGUAAAGAACAAAUUGUUGUACCAAAGCAGAUGAACGCUGAACAAAGAAUGUAAGUGAUAAUGCAUUAUAAAAUAGCAACCUAGAAAAAAUGUGCGCCACUAGAACUUCGAUAACUUACCCAUCAUUUCACAAGUAAGAGACAUUCAUGUGGUGAUUUCCUGACAAUUUAACAGAAGUUGAGUGGAAAUCAUUCACAGGGAAAUUCAACAGAGCAGUAGAAUCAAGAAAAAGAAAUUUGAUUAUCACAAGACUGGCUUCUAGAAACACCGGAUCAAGAUGACUUCAGCCUGGAACCGACGAAUGAAGCUAAUCCUAACGGUAGGCCUACUUAGCUUCGUCCUGCUCGCCGCCCUGAUCGUCGACCAGGCAACGAAGUCUGAGUUCAAGAAUUCGGAUGAAGUCGCGAGAAAAGAGGCUAUUUUGGACUCCAGAGAUCUGAUGAAGAGGCUGACCGAUCUGGAAGAAGAUAGGCGAGAGACUAGACAUCUUUUGAAUCUUCUGUUUUGCCGCGUCUUGAAGGUGCUGCCAUCUGGCGGCUUCUGCCUCGACUCCAAGAGACUUUUCAGCGGCGGGAACGAGAUGUGGGACGGCGAGCUGUGCAAGGCGCUGGAGGAGCUGUUCGGGUACUCGAGCGUGGGGGACUUCGGCGCCGGCCUGGGCCACUACGGCCGCUGCUUCCUUCGGCACCACGAAAACCUCAUUCAGCACGAGAACCGCGUCGAACAGCUCAGGAUGUCGACGACCUACAAGUCGGAGAUGAGGAAGGCCGGGCUCUUGAAGGCGCCGCAGGUCAUUAAGUCGUGGAAUGGUUGGGACGGCGCGGCGAACAUCGGCGUCCUGAGCAAGGGCAUGAUCGAGUCGCUUGACCUGGCUGACCCCGUCGACCUACAGAGGCGCUUCGACUGGGUCAUGAGCAUCGAGGUGGGCGAGCACAUCCCUGCCAAGGCCGAGGGCGUCUUCAUGGAUAACCUCGCCAGACAUGCUUGCAAAGGUGUGGUGCUGUCGUGGGCGGUGCCAGGUCAGGACGGUCACAACCACGUGAACACGAGGUCGAACGAGUACGUCAAAUCCAAGAUGGCGGACAGAGGCUUAGUGGCAGACGUCGAGACAGAGAAACGCAUUCGAAAAGCUGUGAAAAUUGGGUGGUUUAAGGACACGAUCAUGGUUUUCCGGUUCCCAAAAGAGAGAUGUUGAAGACUGAUGUUCAUGAGUGAAUUUCUGGCGAUAAGUUGAACAGCUUCUUGUAUAUGUUUUAGAGAUGUGAAAACGUUUAUAUGUUAUCUAGAUUUUGAUAGAAUAUUUAUAUGUGGCUGUGAUAUUGUGUGAUUAAUGUGUUCAUCACACACACACACACACACACACACACACACACACACACACACACACACACACACACACACACACACACACACACACAUUGUAAGUAUGUCAUGCGAUGAAGUCAUCAAAACCGGCGAAAAUAGCAGUGCAGCCAAAGCAGAUGCUAGUUUCAGCCUUCUGAGUAAAGCGCAUAUUUAACGGCAAGACAUUUCAAGAUGUCUUCAAAAAUCUCGAAUCUUCUUGCUCAUAUUUGUUUUUGAUGGAACAUAUUGGUCAGAUGUCUUGGUCUGGUUUCGUAACCAAGCCAAGCAUUUUCAAGCUACUUCCAGAUGAAGCUUGCUACAGUUUCACGACGUCACAAUAGUAAAUAAACCGCCAACAUGGCCGACAGAAAAUGAAUAACGAUGGAAUUCUCUUGAUAAUUUACUUAUUUUGUUACCAAUAGGCGAUGUUAUUGACUAGCAAGUUGUUGUCAUAUCUGUGCCCACCAGUAUACUGAUAGCACUUUUAAUCUCUGGAUGAUAAGUACUAGCUACUGAAAACUGUUUUACGGCCCUCCAAGGGAUGUUCAAAGUGCGUUUAUAUAUAUCUGUUAUUUUCAUUUUAAACUCGUGGUUUGAAAGACCGAUUUUUGCUCUGAAUGAUGAAGAUUAGACAUUUUAAAUUGUUGUUCUAAAGUGUGUGGACGAUUUUUUUUUUUAUCGUACCGUUUGUGCUACAUGUGAUUAUUUGACAUUCCAACUUCGUUAAUCUUCUACAGCAAAUGUAAAAUCAAGGAAAGGGAUUUCUUGAUCGGCAAUUUCACUGUCAUUAAUAACAGCGUCCAGUCUGUUUUUUCCCGAAUGAUUCUGUCACCCGCCAUGAAGGAGAAUAAGUCAUCUCAUAUUUUGGCAGUUUGUUUAUAUUGAUAGCAAGCUGUGUUGGGACUGUUUUGACGAUUUCGGCAAGGCCAAGCAAACCAAACCAUAGCUUGCUCGCGUUUCUCAUUAAAAAUGCACUCAUUUAGUGUAAAUGAUCGCUCGUACCUCGCACAGCUCAAGGAUUUCGCAAACUUAUACGCAUGUGUGCAUAAGAUGGACCUCUGUCUGAAAUGAUGGAAAAAUAAAACCGAUAACUAAAGGCCGUGUCGCACUAGCACUUUUUCCGUCAAUUUUUAGACAAUUUUAUUUAACAUAAAUACAAACAUUCUCGAAUAUAGCUCUUGA